AUGUAUCGGAAGUUGUCUAAGUUAGAACACUCGGAAAUAAAACAACUUCUUACAGAAGCUAACAUAGAAGUAGCAAAACAUUACGCAACAAACAAAAAAGCACUCGCUGACAUCCUCAAUGACUAUAAUGGUGCAAUAAGUUAUGAUAGAAUUCAUGAGUUCAUAAAGCCGCAACGCGGCGAGGACGAAGUCCAUGCAAGAGCAUUUCCUUUAAAUGACAUUGCUAUUGACUUAUAUCAUAAACGUUCAGUACCUCAUGAAGUAAGAAGAGAAAUGUUUGACAUAACAAAUGCAAACGUUGGUGAAACAAGAAGAAGAGACGACACACUGAAACAACAGAGAAGAGAGAUGUUUAAGAGCGCUAUAGAACAAGUUCGCAAAGCUAACGAUGUCAUUCGUUCCAUUGACGACAAACCAAAAGAAGGUGAGAGAUGGUUAAAGAAAGAUGAAGAGAAUAGGAAGAGGAAUGUGAAGUCAGGCAAUAGACUCAUUGACUUUAACAUCGAAGCUUUAGAUGAACCAAACAGAGACUACUUACACAAACAUUUCGGUAAGGUUUUCAUGAGACUCUUAGAGAAGAUUAAAAUAAACUCCCAACAAAGAUGGAUGGUAUGUUAUAAACUUGGUGGAAAGUAUGAAUGUUCUACGUUAAACCUCAAUAAUAUUGGAACAUUACUACAUCAGCUCUUGAAGGAGAACUUUAUAUCAGAGAUAGAAGCAAAUGCUGCAGGUAUUGUUGAAAUGCACUAUGACUUCUUCUUGACAAACAUAAAGAAUCUUACCGAAAUAAAGAUGUAUGAUUUAACAGAAUAUGAAGGCUUAACGAUGUCAGAUGUAAAGAAAGGCAAACCAAAAAAGAGACCAUAUAGAGAUGAAAGCACACUGACAAAUGACCAGAAAGCCAUUUUGGAAGCUCUUAAGCAAACAGGAAACCCAGCACUUAUAGAAAG